UCUUUAUUCAUUUCCAUAGAUGCUGCUUGACCUGCUGAGUUCCUCCAGCAUUUUGUGUGUGUUGCUCUCGAUUACCAGAAUCUCUUAUGUUUAAAACUUGGAUUGUUGACUUUGGGGAGAUGGAGGCUGAGGUGAGACCUGAUGGAUGUUUAUAAGAGACAUAGACAGUAGUAGUUUGUCCAGGUUUGUCCAAUAUUAUGGCAGGUGCCCUCUGUUCCAGGCAGCGUCCUGGUAAACCUCUUUUGCAUCCCUCUCCAAAGCCCCGACAUCUUUCCAAUAACGUGCUGACUACAAGUAAAUGCAAUGCUGCGGACAUGGCCGAACCAGAGUUUUCUGAAGCUGCAACAUAUUGUUUAGACAAUAUUUUUGAAAAGCGGAACGCUUGUGGAUGGGACAUGUUUCUGACCGGACUGAUGUGAGUGGUGCGGUAUAAUGGCGGUGCUCGGAGGUUGGAGUGUCCGUCUGAAGAGUUUGACCGAGCGUUUGGGUGAAUGGCAGCGGCUCCCACGGAGAAACGUUUACAAGAAGAAACGGGCUCCGUCUGGCCCCAGAGUUCCCCGUACCCAGUUGGCGUUGCAGAACUUGGACAUGAGCUGCAGCUCUCAGUUCGGCGACCUCUGGCCCUCCAUCCGUGUCGGCUUACUCUGCGAGCAGAAAUACGGGGCCCUGGUUAACGGCUUCGGUGACGUGGAGGAAGUGAUCCGAAAGCUAGAACUGCAGCAGGCCAAAGACUUCGUGUACGACGGCUGGAGCAAAUGGACAGAACUGGGGCCAGGCUGCGUUCCUAACACAGACUGUCAUCUCCGUGAAAUCCAGGAUUCACAUCAGAGUUUGCAGACAUCCCAAUCUUAUCCUGAUCCUUCACUGCCUGUCGGUGACUCGGGACGAGAAUCUUCACCUUCCCUGGAAUCGAAAACGCGCCUAUCCCUUAGCCCAAAUCUGAAAUGUUUUACAUUUCCAAGAGGAGACACCACACGUUUUAAGCCCGCGAGGCCAGAUAAUUUAAGAAUGCUGGAAUAUUAUCUAAUGGAUGCUGCAUCACUCCUUCCAGUACUUGUUCUGGACGUUCAGCCAGGUCACACUGUCCUUGAUCUUUGUGCAGCACCUGGUGGCAAGACAUUGGCAUUGUUGCAGACAGAAUGCUGUCGACAUCUUGCUGUCAACGAUAUAUCCUUAUCUCGUGUAAAUAGGUUACGUAAAAUUCUUCGGAAUUACAUCCCAAAGAAUCUUUGUGUAGGAGACAGACUACGUAUCACGUCAUUGGAUGGCAGGCUCUGGGGAGAAAUAGAGAGGGAAACUUUUGACAGGGUGUUAGUUGAUGCUCCCUGCACAACUGAUAGACAUUCUGUACUUGAGGAAGACAACAAUAUCUUUAGCCGGAUGCGGCUCAAGGAACGACAAAUGCUCCCUCUGUUACAGACCCAGCUACUGGUUUCUGCCAUUCUUGCUACAAAGCCUGGCGGAUCGGUUGUGUACUCAACGUGUAGCUUGUCCCAGUUGCAAAAUGAGCACGUGGUGGAGAGAGCAGUACAAGUGGCAGAGAUUGAACAUGGUAUGGAGUUGCGUGUGGAGGACCUGAGUGAUAUUCGGACACUUUACAAAGAGACGUUUAAUUUCUAUGACCAUUGUAGAGUUGGUGAGCUAGUUCUUCCAUAUCUUACUGCAAAUUACGGGCCAAUGUAUUUCUGUAAACUGCACAAAAUACAUUAAAAGUGUGUAUUUUUUUAACUC